AUGACAUUUAAAGACAAUUCGGAAUUUGCAACUGAAGAAGACUAUGAUUUUAAAGCUUUAAAUUAUACACGAAGUUGGAUAAUUGCAGGUUUUAUAAUUUUGGCAGUGGCCAUUGCUUUGGCUGCUGCUUCCGUCGCUCUACCAACAUUUGUUAUGAUCGCUCCAUCAGUGUUUGAUGCAUCCAAUGCAAAUGUAAACAAAGCUAGAAGUAUGGGUUAUACACAAGUAUGCUUUACAUCAGAUAACACAUGCCAGAACCGUGAUCGAAGUUAUGUAGAUGAAUAUUCAACAUUAAUGACAAAUCUACGUCUUGCUGAACUGGCUAUGCAUUCAAUAGCAAUAAUUAUCAUGUGUAUUUGUUUUAUUGCUGCUCUUGCAUUGAUCAUUGUUUGGUAUAAAACGAAUAAAGAUAAUAAAUGUUUCAGAAAUUGGCGAUUAAUUAUAGGGAUAUUUCUUAUGUUAGCUGGAUUUUGUCUUCAAAGUUCAAUAAUAAUGUUUCAUGUUGAACAAUUUGAAGAUAAGUACGGUAAAUCAUCCGGAUACCCAUAUGGAUUUAAUCAAUGGUCUGAAAAACAACGUACAACAACAUCUAUUGAUUAUGGUUCUGGAUACAUUUUAUUAUGGCUUGCUACCAUUUUCUGUUUUAUAUCAGCUUGGAUAUUUCUUGGCACAUAUUGUUGUUGGACAUUAGAUGAUAUCGACACAGAUGAUGAUAACCCAACUUUACCAAGAUUUUCAACUGAUUCCAGCAAUAUGAGCAAACGUGGAACUGAACCCUCAGUUAUCAAUCAAGGAGACUGAUUGAUACUUGACCAGAGGUGAAGACGGAAAAGUAGUUAAAAAUGAUGUCCUACCAAUUGUAUACGUACUGACAAUUAUAAUAAUCAUUUGUUAAAAUAAUGUGUAACUAUUUGAUGUGAUAUAAUUAACCAUAAAGUUUUUUUUCAGUUUAUA